GUGUUCCUCGCGGCCUGUUUCUGUCGGUCACCUCCUGCUGCGCAGUUCUCGCCGAGCGGGACGCGUCCUCUUCCCGGUACUCAGGCGGGAGAGGCCCGAGCUGAACGCGUAAACAUCGGGCGUGGGACGCAUGAUUUUAAAGGACCGGGUGCUGCAAAUGGAAGCGGAUGGUUUUGUGCGCAGGCGGCGGAUGACAGCGGACACGUCGAGUGGAGACGCCGCGGUGGCAGGAGCUUCCGCGGGCGCGGAGAUACACUGGUUCGGCGGAAGGUUCUGGGGGGUUUCGGAAAGUCUCGUCGGCACUUUGACACCUCGGAUAUCAGGAGAAACUGAGCUUCAUGUUGGACAUUUCUAUGGCUCCCAGGAGGCCAGCGAUUUAUCGGAACCGGACUAUGAGGGUUUGCCUCAGGGCGCCUCCACUAGCACACACAUGCUGGCAGGCGCAGUGGCAGGAAUCAUGGAGCACUGCCUGAUGUUCCCCAUUGAUUGUGUAAAGACACGCAUGCAGAGCCUUCAGCCAGAGCCAGCUGCCCGCUACCGGAACGUCAUGGAUGCUUUGUGGCGAAUCAUGAGGACAGAAGGGAUCUGGCGGCCAAUCAGAGGCCUAAAUAUCACAGCCGUAGGGGCGGGGCCUGCCCACGCACUUUACUUUGCCUGUUACGAAAGAUUGAAAAAGGUCCUCAGUGACAUCAUCCAUCCUGGAGCAAACAGUCAUUUGGCCAACGGGGCUGCUGGAUGUGUCGCCACAUUGCUUCAUGACGCUGCCAUGAAUCCAACUGAAGUGGUGAAGCAGCGGAUGCAGAUGUAUAACUCGCCAUACCGCAGCGUCCUGGACUGUAUGCGCUGUGUAUGGCAGAGGGAGGGAGCGUUGGCCUUUUACCGCAGUUACACCACGCAGCUUACCAUGAACGUGCCGUUUCAGGCAUUGCACUUCAUGACCUACGAGUACCUGCAAGAGCUGCUCAACCCCCAAAGACAUUACAACCCCUCGUCCCAUAUGGUGUCAGGCGCACUGGCGGGCGCCAUCGCCGCUGCCGCCACCACGCCGCUGGACGUUUGCAAGACGCUGCUGAACACGCAGGAGUCUCUGGCUGUCGACUCCGUCAGCCGGAGCGGGAGACACAUCACGGGCCUCGGCCAUGCCUUCCGGACUGUCUACAGGCUUGGCGGGCUUCCUGCGUACUUUAAAGGUGUUCAGGCUAGGGUUAUUUACCAGAUGCCCUCCACCGCCAUCAGCUGGUCUGUCUAUGAGUUUUUCAAAUACAUGAUCACCAAACACCAGCACGAGAAGCGCAGGAUUCAGAGGGAUGCUGAAAAGUAGGCGCCCUCAGCUGUUUUUGUUGUUGCAAGCACUCAAGGACAGAAUGAAUAAAUGAUACGCACAUAUA